AUGAGUUACCUAUUGAUUUUGAUCCUUCUGAGGCUCCUGCCUGUGACAGAGCAGACCAGUGAUGUUCUCCCGAAAGAGACCAGACCAGCUGGAUUUUCAGUCCCUGGAAACUUCAUCAUUGGAGGGCUUUUCCCCAUCCACAAAGGUGUGGAGAAACCCACCCACCUGAAUCAACCACAAGAUUCCACCUGUAUUGGUUUCAGCACGGCUGGUGUGAGCCAGUCACUGGCCAUGAUCCACGCUGUAGAGACGGUGAAUAACUCUCCGUUACUGGCCCGUCUAGGGGUUACCCUGGGCUACAAGAUCCAUGACACAUGUUCAGAUGUUACGACUGCUCUGAGAGCCACUGAAGACUUCACACAGGAUGACUGCUCUUCCACAAUGGACUUUACCAACAUGGAUAAAUGUUCACAGCGCAGCACAGCUGUAAUCGGUGCAUAUCACUCCGAAAUGUCCAUCGCAGUGGCCAGAGAGCUAAACUUGGAGCUAAUUCCACAGGUCAGUUAUGCAUCCACAGCUGAUAUUCUGAGUGAUAAGAGUCGUUUCCCAGCCUUCUCUCGGACUGUCCCUAGUGACAUGCAUCAGACCAGUGCUAUGGUCAAGCUUCUCCAAGAAAAUAAAUGGACAUGGGUUGGAGUGGUCACCACAGACGGAGAUUAUGGCCGGUCAGCUUUGGACAGCUUUUUGUCUCAGGCUUUUCAGGCUGGAAUCUGUGUGGCCUUCAAAGAAAUCUUCCCUGAUUCUGUGACCAACACCAAGAAACUUCAAUUUGCAGUCAGCCGGAUAAUUCAGACUUUACACACCAACACUAAGGUCAGGGUGGUGGUUUCGUUCGCCAAACCAGAGCACAUGAGUCGCCUCUUCAGAGGACUGCUGGACCAGAGUGAUACUAACCGGAGGCUGUGGGUGGCCAGUGACAAUUGGUCGACUUCUCCAAAAGUGGUCACUCAUGAGGAACUUAACCUCAUUGGCUGGGUUGUAGGAUUUUCCUUUGAGAGCAGAGACAUCACACCUUUUAAGGAGUUUCUGAAGAAUUUAGAGUUUGACAGUGUGGCUCAGAAGAACAACAGCUUGCUCAAAGAGUUUUACUCCACUUUUAUGAACAACAACAACGAGCAGGUUUUCAUGAUGGAAAAUCUGAUAACCAGCACAGAUGCAGGUAAGUGUAAUGUCUUCAGCAUUCAGAUGGCUGUGAAUGCGAUUGCUCAAGCUGUGGCUAAAUUAUGCAGCAACAGGAACUGUACUACUCCAGGGGCCAUCCAACCAUGGGAGCUACUGCCUGAACUGAGGAAUAGUACUUAUGAGAUGAAUGGUACAUCAUACACAUUUGAUGAAAACGGAGAUGUCAAUCUGGGUUAUCAGAUUUCUCUGUGGAGCACGAUUGGACAAAGUGUUCAGACGUUAAACGUAGUGUCUAUGUAUCAUCAGCAAAACUCCAGCUUGACCUCCACCAACCUAAAACUAAGCGUGACAUCAAAGUGCUCAAACAGCUGCAACCCAGGGCAGUUUAAGAAAAGUGCUGAAGGUCAGCACACCUGCUGCUAUGACUGCAUUGAAUGUGCUGAGAAUCAGUACUCCAACAGCACAGACAUGGAUCAGUGCUAUAGCUGCGACAAUAUUUUGGAGUGGGCAGAGCCUGGAAGUUCAACCUGUAAGCCAAAGACUCCGGAGUUUUUCGCCUGGAAUGACGGCUUUGCCAUGUUUCUGUUGUCUCUGGCCGCUCUGGGUGUCCUUGUGGUUUUCCUGGUGUCGUUUCUCUUCCUGUGGCACCGCGACUCUCCUGUAGUGAAGGCAGCUGGUGGGCCACUCUGCCAGCUCAUCCUUUUCUCUCUAGUGGGAAGCUUCGUAAGCUCUGUUUUCUUCGUAGGGAAGCCGAUGGACAUCCAGUGCAAAGUGAGGCAGGUGCUUUACAGCUUGAGCUUCACUCUGUGUGUGUCCUGCAUCCUGGUGAAGUCUCUGAAGAUCCUACUAGCUUUCCAGAUGAAGCCGCUUAGCCGACUUUACAAACCAUACAUUAUUGUCUGUUUCUGUGUUUUGGUGCAAGGAGCUAACUGUACUUGGUGGCUAAUUCUGUUCAGUCCUCACAAAACCUCAGUAAUCAACACCAGUAGCAUCCUUGAAGAGUGUCGUGAAGGCUCUUAUGUGGCGUUUGGCGCAGUUUUUGGUUACAUAGCUCUGUUGGCAUUAGUCUGCUUCAUCUUUGCCUUCAAAGGCCGAAAGCUUCCGGAGAAAUACAACGAGGCGAAGUUCAUCACUUUCGGCAUGCUUGUCUACCUCAUGGCCUGGGUCAUCUUCAUACCAAUCUAUGUCACAACUGCUGGAAAAUAUCUCCCAGCCGUGGAGAUGGUGGUCAUACUUAUCUCCAAUUAUGCUAUCCUGUGCUGCCAUUUCUUCCCAAAGUGCUACGCCAUCAUCUUUAGGAGGAUGUAUAACACCAGGGCCGAUUUCAUGAGGAAUGUGUAUGAGUAUUCAACAAAGGGUGCUGGUAGCUUGGGAGACUUGAUUCUACCUGAAGUAUAUAAGAGUGCAGAAAACCUCUACACGAUAUCAAAACUGCCCCACCUUUUUCCUGGAAAAACAGAGUUUAAACAGAGACAGCAACCUACAGCCCCACCUGCCAUAACUCAAGAAAAGCCCAGGCUCAGUCUCAAAAGAACAUUAAGUAUUUGAAAACCUCAGAGACUUAGUCAUCAUACACUGUCCAUCAAAAGUUUUGAAAUACCUACCUUGUUUUUGAAUGAGAUUUACAUAGUUUUGCACUUGAUGUGGCUGAUCAACGCAUGUUUGGUGAUCAAAUGUUGCUUUUUUUUAGUGUAGUACUGAAGCUGUGAGGCCAAUAUUGCUAACAAUCACUGCAAUGAAUAUAGUCCAUAGUAUAGUCACCCAAAUCUUUUCUCGGCCUUCAUUCUUUUUAUAAAUGACUCUAAAUACUGAAUUUUUUAACUGAAGACAUGUAUAAAAUGAUAAAACAACAGAAAUUACAAAUGCAUUCUAUAGUCUAUAUCCAUGUGUGAUGUUCAAGAACAUGAGUUAGAAUUUAGAAUUGUCUAAAUUGGCUGACCACUGCUUUCGGCUACACUUUGAAGUUUUGCUUAUUUAUAUUUCUCACAGUAAGUCAUACUGUGUCCAAAAUCUUAUUAAUAAAUCAACACAACCUUAACAAAGGCCUGGGUGAAGUUUAAGCAGUUUGAGAGAAGUUUUGGGGAUGUUUGUAUGGAAAAGAUUUGGGUGACUAUUGAAUUUUAAUGCUUGUUGGCAAAGUAAGCCUCAUAGCUCCAGUGCUAAACCAAAGCAGCAAAAUUUAGACACCAAAAAUGUCUUGGUUGACUGACUAAAUACGACGGAAAUGGAAAAAUGUGUAAAUGAGUGGAAAGACACUGAUGAACAGAAAGUUAACAAUACUCAAAAAUGCAGUGUACUGUUUUUAAUGUCUAAACAUUAUUAGGUUAUUAUUGUGUACUGCAUCAUAUAUUGUACUUUUCAUAUUGAAAUUCUGAUCAUUCAUCUGACCCAUGAUCCAGUUAAAAAGUAAAAGUUAAAACUAAAAACUUUGCAUAUCGCUGUUGCCAGGAGAAAACAUCGUAUAUCCAUUAUUGACGUUUUUUCAGUUUUUGACAUGAAUUCAA